AUGUCGGAGCGCAAGCCCACAAGCCCCGAUGACCCUCGUCGAGGCGACUUCGAUCCGCCUCUCGUUUCACGCUCGAAUAGAGACCGCCAUAGAGAUCGAGACCAUCGUCGAUCGUCUUCUGCUCGCAGUGUCAGCAUGAGCGUGAGUUCCACCGCCAGCAACAGCACGGCUUCAAGUAGGAACCCCGCGCUGUCGCAAAAGCAACCCAACAAGAAGAAGCAACCGGGCGUCGUCAUAACCGCCAUGUCGUCUUCGCCCACCAUGCCAGAUUUGUCCAGCGCAUCGCCGUCGCCGUCAAUAUCAUCAGUGGAUACCAGGCCUGGCACCGGCGUGGAAGCCGCACAUGGAGACAACAGCACCGAUGGGAUCCACGUUCUUGGUGACAUGGCACCACCGUUAAUCACCACCGAUACCGUCCAAGAGCCCGCUCUCUCGCGCGCCUCGAUCUCGUCGUGGGGCACAACCGCAGCAGCUUCUAUAUCAUCCGCGACGCCAUCAAUACCCAUAUCGCUAACAGCCAGCACCGAUCAACGCAAAUACGCAUGUCUCUUCCACAUGCUGGACUGUCACGAGUCCUUCGACGACGACGCAGAAUGGCGCACCCACGUCUUCAGCCACUUUCGCUCGCACCCGACCCCGCCAUCAGCGCGGUGUCCGCUGUGUCCCAAUACAAAGUUUGUCGACGGUAUCUUGGACCCAGUGUCAUCGCCUGUUAUCGAGGACGGCGAGUCGGUCUGCUCGAUUGACGACCCUGUUCGAGCUCCGCUGAGGGAUUUCCCCUCUGCAUGGGAUCGUAUGCUCGAUCACGUCGCUGCCGACCACUACUGUCUUGGUCAAACACUUGCGGGGAGUCGGCCGGAUUUCGAGCUGAUGCGGUAUCUUUAUGGAAUGCGGGUUAUCACGGAUGCGCAGUUUAAGGCUAUGCAGUUGCCGCCUGCGCCGUCUAGCCCGGCUUAUCAUCGCUCGCAGGAUGGUGUCAGGGCUAGUAUUGGCUCUGCUGAUGAGCCAUACUGUGCGCCGUAUAGUAAGCGUCGGGAGGAGAGGAUGAGGGGACAACAGAGGGGUGUCGGGGUUUUGUAG